UAAAAGCAGUUUAAUUCGAACCGCUUAAUUAUCCAAAGAACCCUUUAAAAACCUUUUGUUUUUUUCCUAACAGCGUACCGAGCUGAAUUGGAAAGGUAUUGGGUAUUAUGUAACGAAUAAAACAGCAGCGAGGUGAGGUGUGAUGUGAUGUGGUGUGAUGUGAUGAACCAGAGUCACUGGUACAGUUAAAAAUAUGAGUGAAAUUAGUGAAGGCCCAGCGCAGCCGGAUAAUUCCCCUGCGAGCUGAAAGAAACCAGGCGUGUACUGUGAAGAAACAUAAUGAAAAGUGAAAAGGAGCAGAGGAACAGCGGAAGACACACUGGGAGUGUAUUUCCGGGACGAGGCGAUUUAAUUCCAUACGAGGAAGCUGGACGCAGAAUUAGCGAUGCUGCUCAAGGACAGGUCAGUGAACGCAAAAACAACUGCCUACUGCAUUCGACUCAGCAGUACCUACUGCAUUCGAUUCGGUACCUACUGCAUCUGAUUCAAUACAUACUGCAUUCGAUUCAGUACCUACUGCAUCCGAUUCAGUACCUACUGCAUCCGAUUCAGUACCUACUGCAUCCGAUUCAGUACAUACUGCAUUCGAUUCAGUACAUACUGCAUCUGAUUCAGUACAUACUGCAUUCGACUCAGCAGUACCUACUGCAUUUGAUUCAGUACCUACUGCAUUCGAUUCAGUACCUACUGCAUCUGAUUCAGUACAUACUGCAUUCGAUUCAGUACCUACUGCAUCCGAUUCAGUACCUACUGCAUUCGAUUCAGUACAUACUGCAUCCGAUUCAGUACAUACUGCAUCCGAUUCAGUACAUACUGCAUUCGACUCAGCAGUACCUACUGCAUUUCAUUCAGUACCUACUGCAUUCGAUUCAGUACCUACUGCAUCCGAUUCAGUACAUACUGCAUUCGACUCAGCAGUACCUACUGCAUUUCAUUCAGUACCUACUGCAUCCGAUUCAGUACAUACUGCAUCCGAUUCAGUACAUACUGCAUUCGACUCAGCAGUACCUACUGCAUUUGAUUCAGUACCUACUGCAUCUGAUUCAGUACAUACUGCAUUCGACUCAGCAGUACCUACUGCAUUUGAUUCAGUACCUACUGCAUCUGAUUCAGUACAUACUGCAUCCGAUUCAGUACCUACUGCAUUCGAUUCAGUACCUACUGCAUUCGAUUCAGUACAUACUGCAUCCGAUUCAGUACAUACUGCAUUCGACUCAGCAGUACCUACUGCAUUUGAUUCAGUACCUACUGCAUCUGAUUCAGUACAUACUGCAUUCGACUCAGCAGUACCUACUGCAUUUGAUUCAGUACCUACUGCAUCUGAUUCAGUACAUACUGCAUCCGAUUCAGUACCUACUGCAUCCGAUUCAGUACCUACUGCAUCCGAUUCAGUUCAUACUGCAUCCGAUUCAGUACAUACUGCAUCCGAUUCAGUACAUACUGCAUCCGAUUCAGUACCUACUGCAUUCGAUUCAGUUCAUACUGCUUGGCCGUUCAUGCAGUACAUACUGA